UUCCUCAGGGACGCCUACGCGGUCGCCAGCCGGCAGAGCCGGAAGAAGACGGACGAGGAAGAGAAGUUGCUAAAACUGUUGCAAGGCAUUCACAAGCCGCCACAACAGGACGGCUUCACCCAGUGGUGCGAGCAGAUGCUACACGCCCUCAACGCUUCCAGCAGCGUCGACGUGCCCAACGUGGUAGCUUUCCUGAAGGAGAUGGAGUCGCCGUACGACGUUCACGACUGCAUCCGCUCCUGCCUGGGGGACACCCUGGAAGCCAAAGAGUUUGCGAAACAGUUCCUAGAGCGCCGUGCCAAGCAGAGAGCCAAUCAGCAGCGGCAGCAGCAGCAGCAGCAGGAGGCCUCGUGGCUCAGCUCCAGCAGCCUGCAGUCGCUCUUCCAGGCCAACCACAGCCCCAAACCGCCAUCUUUUGAGAACAGCCAAGCCGUCAAGAUCAAGCGGCGCCCGGUGAUGCUGCACGCAGACCCCAGCAUCCUAGGCUACGCUCUUCACGGCGCCUCCAGCGAGCUGGAAACGGUGGAGGAUUACUGAGCCCCUCCCUCGAUCCGGCCGUGUGGGGACCUACCCACCUACCCCGUCCGGCCCUGCCGCUGCUGCCUUGAUCUCUCACCCAUUUCAGUUCCAGACGAGUGUGCGCGCCCUUGGCGGGAUACGACG